ACCAUUGUGAAACAAAUGAAAAUCAUCCAUGAAGACGGCUACUCAGAAGACGAGUGUAAGCAGUACAGAGCGGUGGUCUACAGCAACACCAUCCAGUCCAUAAUGGCCAUCAUUAAAGCCAUGAGCAACCUCAAGAUCGACUACGGAGAGACCGCCCGAGUGGACGAUGCGCGGCAGCUGUUUGCUCUGUCUGCAGCAGCGGAGGAGCAGGGGAUCUUGACUGAAGAUCUGGCCAAUGUGAUCCGCAGACUGUGGGCCGACAGCGGGGUCCAGGGAUGUUUCACCAGGUCCAGAGAGUAUCAGCUCAACGACUCUGCUGCCUAUUAUCUGAAUGAUCUGGAGAGGAUAGCACGGGCAGACUACAUCCCCACCCAGCAGGACGUCUUGAGGACCCGAGUGAAGACCACUGGGAUCGUGGAGACACAUUUCACUUUUAAAGAUCUGCACUUCAAGAUGUUUGAUGUGGGAGGUCAGAGGUCAGAGAGGAAGAAAUGGAUCCAUUGCUUUGAGGGAGUAACAGCCAUCAUCUUCUGUGUGGCUCUUAGCGCUUAUGACCUGGUGCUGGCAGAAGACGAGGAGAUAAACCGCAUGCAUGAAAGCAUGAAACUGUUCGACUCCAUCUGUAACAACAAGUGGUUCACCGAGACCUCCAUCAUCCUUUUCCUCAACAAGAAGGAUCUGUUUGAGGAGAAGAUCACGCGCAGCCCUCUCACCAUCUGCUACCCGGAGUACUCAGGAGCUAAUAAAUACGAUGAGGCUGCCAGUUACAUCCAGACCAAGUUUGAGGACCUCAACAAGAAAAAAGACACAAAGGAAAUCUACACCCACUUUACCUGUGCGACUGACACUAAGAACGUGCAGUUUGUGUUCGACGCCGUCACUGACGUCAUCAUCAAAAACAACCUGAAGGACUGCGGCCUCUUUUAAUGAAGGAGCCCAAGAGAAUGACCAGGAAGGUGUAAACUGUUUGACGGACCUGGUUCUACACGACAUGCUAGACUGCCUUCAACUACCUUUAAGAAUCAUAAUGUUUUUUGUUUUGUUUUGUUUUUUAUUUGACGACCUGAAAAAGACUUGUGAACAAGGAAGAGAGAAGAAACUUCAGUGAAUUCCAGCACACCACCCUUCUUUCCUGAACCUGAUUUUAGUUUGGUUCUCAAUGUGUAAAUAUUUAAUUUUGCGGUUCUUUUCUGCCAGAAAACAUGUGGAGAGUCAGGAUUAUAUUCUGAAAUAUUGUUUCUAUUGAGCGUUCGGUUUUGUUUUCCACAGUUUUCCAAUGAGGUGGGUGAGGACUUCUUUUAUGGAUGUGCUAAUUUUAUUAAACUCAGUGGCAAAAUGCUUCUUUUGUAAAGUUAAUGUGAGCACAGAAAGAAAACGAGACAUCCCUUUUGUAACGGCGACUCUUCAUCCCAGACUCGAGCUGUGUGUUGUUGCAUGACGGAUCAUAUGAAAUUGCUCGCUCAUUUCAGACCACGGCUCGUGACAUUCCCUCACAUGUCUUCACUCUCUCUUCUAGCUUGUCUUUGACAGCGUCCAGAAUUGACUAGCGUGUAACACAUUUAUAUCUGCCCUCACGUUUCUUCUUCCUGUUGCUGUACCAUCCCUUCUUUUGCGCGAUGUCUGUGCCUUGUUUUCACUGUCUGUAGAUCAUAGGGAAAAGUGUAAAAGUGUUGAGCACAUUUUAAGAGCUAAAUAAAACUUAGACCACAGUCUAAAUAUCUUAAUACCAUGAAAGAUUUCAUUGGAAAUAAAAGUUAUGUAAGACAGA